CGGCCGCCGUGCCCUUUCCGGCGGGCGGGCGUGAGCCAAGGGCGCAGGAUGCCGGGGAGGCGGGUGGCGGUGUCUUCGGCGGCGGCGGGGCUACUGCUGGUGGCCUGGGUCGGGUUGCUGCUUUGUUCGGCGCUGGCGCUCUUCGCCGGCGGCUUCCUCCUGGUGCGGCUGGAGCUGGGCUAUCGCAGUGACUGUGCGCUACCGCCGGGCGGUCCUCCGCUGCCCGCCCGCCCGCUUCGGAGCCCCUGCUGGCUGCCGGCGCGCUUCGCCCGGGCGGCGCUGGUGCUGAUUGACGCGCUGCGCUUCGACUUCGCGCGGCCCCGGCCAGACCCCUCGGCUGGCCCGCCGCGACCCUUCGAGGACCGGCUGGGAGUCCUGCACCGCCUGGCUCUCCAGCAGCCCCGCCACGGCCGCCUCUACCGCUUCCGUGCCGACCCGCCGAGCACCACGAUGCAGCGGCUGAAGGCGCUGACCACCGGUUCGCUACCCACCUUCGUGGACGCCGGCAGCAACUUCGCCUCCUACGCCAUCCGCGAGGACAACCUGCUCUGGCAGCUGGCCAGCAAUGGGAAAAAAGUGGUCUUCAUGGGGGACGAUACCUGGGACGGCCUCUUCCCCCAGGCCUUCCACCGGGCCCACUUCUUCCCUUCUUUUAACGUGAAAGAUCUGCACACAGUGGACAACGGCAUUUUGCAGCAUUUGUACCAGACAGUGGAUGAUGGCGAGUGGGAUCUACUUAUUGCCCAUUUUUUGGGUGUGGAUCACUGCGGUCACAAACAUGGACCAGAUCACCCUGAAAUGGCCAAGAAGCUCUCCCAGAUGGAUGAGAUGCUCAGUUCACUGGUUGACCACCUGGGAAAUGACACGCUCCUCCUGGUGGCAGGGGACCACGGCAUGACAGCGACCGGGGACCACGGUGGAGACAGUGAGGAGGAACUCGACGCGGCUCUCUUUGUGUACAGCAAGGCUCCGCUUUUCCGGGACCUUCCCCCUGAGGAGCCCCAGACGGUCCCACAGGUGAACCUGGUGCCGACCUUGGCUCUCUUGUUGGGGGUGCCAGUGCCGUAUAGCAACAUUGGGGAAGUGAUGGCUGAUCUCUUUGCAAGUGAGGGGGAUGCAGCUGCCUCGCUCCGUGCCCAGCUGGCAGCCUACAACAUCAAUGCCAGGCAGGUGGACCGCUUUCUGCACUCCUAUGCAGAGGCCGCUCAGGACCUCCCGGCGGAGAAACUGCAGCACCUUCAGCAUCUCUUUCGCUCCGCCACGGAGGAGCACGAGCGCCUCUUGGCCCAGGAGGCUUCUCUGGUCCUGCCGCAGAUGGAGGGGCUCCGGACACGUUUCCAGCAGUACCUGCAGGAGGCCCGGGCCGUGUGUGCCGAGUCCUGGGCCCGCUUCCAUCCCGGCUGCAUGGUGGCCGGCUGCGCCCUCUUGACCUCCUCCUGCCUGCUGUGCUACGUGGCCUCCCAGGUGGCCACUCGCCUGGACUUCUCCUACCGCCACUUCUUCCUCUACCCCCUGCUCUGGGGGUUGGCGGGGGUGACCCUCCUGGGGCUGGCUCACGUCUUCAGGGGGGCCAGAGCUGACCUCCUUAUGCUGUCCUCCGGGGGGGCGGCGACUUCCCAACUGGGCUUCUUCUGGCAUUGCUGGACCAGGCGCCCCCCAGCCCUGCAUACGGCUGGCCUUUGCCCCCCGUUGGAGGGUUUCAGGCUGAAGCCGAGGCUCUGGGCGGGGCUGCCCCUGGGCAUCCUGUUCCUGCGUUGCGCAGCCAUGCUUUCGGACAGCUUUGUCGUGGCGGAGGGACAGGUGGUGCCCUUCCUGCUCACCUCCCUGGUGCUGCUGGAGGCUCUGAAGCUGCAGUGGAAGGGCAGGCUGGACGGCUCUCUGCUGUGCUGGCAGCUGCUGGCCACCUUGGGCGUUGUCGUGGUGUGUGCACGGCUCUCAGGGCUUUUCCAGAAGUGCCGCGAGGAGACCCCUGUUUGCCAGACUGCCUCCAUUUUGGGGCCCCUCUCCAGCGUGCAGGAACCGAGGACCAAGAACCUCUAUUACGGGCUGUGUGUGGGGGCGGUGGCGAGUCUGGUGUGGGGCACCCGCUGCUGGCUGCGCCAUUACGGCAACCUGAACAGCUCCUGCGCCCUGGUCCUUUUUGUGCGGUGGGGAUUCCCACUCCUGGCCCUGACCCUGGCCGGUUACUGGGCCAUCACCUCUGGCGCCGAAGAGAUGCUGAUCAAACGCCACGCCUGGGCCCAGCUGGCUUUGGAGGCCUUCCCCCGCGGGAUUUACGUCUUGGUGAUGGCGGGGCUGCUCCUGGUUUUGUGGAAGCCCAUGACCGUCUUUCUGGAAGGCAGCCAAGAGCCACCCCUCAUGUCCUCCACCUCCGAGGCCUUGAUCCCCCAGCUGGACCGCCGGAUCCAGGAGUCUCUGAAAAGCCGGCUGGAGGAAACGCCCGGUGGUUGCAGGGCCACGGUGGUCGCCUACGGGCUGGGCAGCGUCUAUUCGGCCGCCUUGCUCAUCAGCCUGGCCCUGCUGGGCUUCCUUCUGAUGACUCUGCACACGGAACGGCUCAGCCUGGCCUUCCUCCUGCUGUUCGUGGAGGCCUUCGCCCUGCUGUGGAUGCACGCCUGUGCCAGGGCCCUCUCUGCAGACUCGGACCCCUUUGUGGUGCCGUGGGAAGCCCUGGUUGCUUGGGCUCUUGCUGCCGCCCAGUUUUUCUACGCCACUGGCCAUCAGCCCGUCUUCCCCGCCAUCCACUGGAACGCGGCCUUCGUGGGGUUCCAGCAGGGACACGCCACCAAUCUGCUGCCUGCGUUCCUCGUUGGGGCCAACACUUUUGCCUCUCAGAUCCUCCUGGCAGCUGGCUGCCCAUUACUUCUGCUGUGGCCCUUUGUCUGUGAGGCCAGCACCUCCGGGGCCGGGAGGCCAAAGACGCGACUGCAGGACAGGGAGGAGCCGAUGAUGGAGAUGAAGCUGCGGGAGGCGCCGGAGCGGUUUUCAGCAGCCCUGCUGCAGCUGGGCCUCAGAUACCUGCUUAUUUUGGGGCUUCAGCUUCUGGCUUCUGUUUUGGCAGCCAUGAUUCUCAGGAGACAUCUGAUGGUGUGGAAGGUCUUUGCCCCAAAGUUCCUCUUCGAAGCGGUGGGCUUUGUGGUGAGUUGCGUCUUUCUCCUCCUGGGCCUUGGCCUGGUGAUGCGCGUGGAUUGUGCUGUCAGCAAGUGGUUCAAGCAGGUCAUCCUUGCGCAGUCCAGAUAGCGCAGCAGUGCAAAGGAGUCGGUCGAGUCAGUGCUUGCAAUGAGGAGAUGCUCUCUGCUUCCUCUCUCUGCCAAGGACAGAGACUUUGGGAGCAGCAGAAAGGAGGGGACCUUGGUUGCACCAUAUGAAUGGCGGGCAGAUGCAGCGGAACGGCCCCCUGGCAAGACUUGCCAAGGAAUGGGAAGAAGCACCAGAUGAAACCAAAGAGAACUUUCGGUUCCUGCACGCCGGGUGCCUGGGGCGCACAGACAUGUUGUGGGGAACGACAGGGUGGCAGUUCUUUCUUUCUUUAUAAUUCUGGAGGAUUCAGCAACUACCUCGGAAGGAGAGUGUGCAGCAGGCUGGCUUGGCGACAGUUUGGCAGCCCUGGGCGUCCCAGGCCCGGUUGGUACUGAACAGUGUCCUGGGGAGGGAAGCUCCAGCAGGGCCAAGCGGUGGGCAAGGUGCUUCGCCUGGCUCAGGGGCUCUGAGACACAAGGCCAGGCUUGAAGGCUGAAUGGCCAGGGAUUUGGAGAUCAUUGCUGCUAUCAAGUUGAGAUGCUAGAUUCUGGGUUCCAGGUUUUGGAUUUGGCUUUUUGAAAUAAAAGUACAGCUUUUCAGAUUGGAGUAGUAGCUUCAAUGGCUGCUCAUAUGGUCUUGGAGAGCUAAGAAGGAA